AUGGCGCUGACCACCGCCAUGUCCACCGGCGGUACCACCGCACACAACCCCACCGUAGCAUUCACGACGCCGCCAAACUACGCCGCAAGACUAUCCCAUCUCCUCACUGUCAACGCCUUCAAACCUCUCUGGUGCCCCACUCUCAUCAUCCAACCGACCCCAUCAAACCUCACCCCUUUCCUCGAUCCCUUCUCCGCCAUCGCCUUCACCUCCCGAACCGCAAUCCAAUCCUUCAUCCACGCCACCGAACCUCUCCCACAACCUCCUCUCUCCCCGGACGGCCCCACCUUCACCGUCGCCGCCCUUGGUAAAGACGCCGAGCUCCUCGACCGCGAUUUCCUCUCCAGAAUCUGCGCCCGUCCCGACCGAGUUAGUGUCCUGGUGCCGCCGACGGCGACGCCGAGUAGCCUGACGGAGGCGCUGGGUCCCGGCGGUGGAAGGGAGGUUUUAUGUCCGGUCCCGGCGGUCGUUGGGGUGGAGGAGCCGCCAGUGGUGCCCGGUUUCCUGCGGGAGCUCCGGGCCGGCGGGUGGGUCCCGGUUCGGGUGGAGGCGUAUGAGACGCGGUGGGCCGGGCCGAGGUGUGCGGAGGGUAUUGUGAGGAGGAGCGAGGAGGAGGGUGGAUUGGAUGCGGUGGUGUUCACCAGUAGCGCUGAGGUAGAAGGCCUGCUUAAGAGCUUGCAGGAAUUUGGGCUGGGCUUUGAGGACUUGAGGAGGAGGUCUCCCGGCUUAGUCGUGGCGGCCCAUGGGCCUGUCACUGCGGCCGGGGCGGAGAGGCUUGGAGUGGAGGUUGAUGUGGUGAGUUCCAAGUUUGAUAGUUUUGAUGGUGUUGUUGAUGUUCUUAAGGUCACAUUGUUAAGAACUUAG